GUUGCACGUUGUGCCAACGUUUUACGUGUGGCUGCCGCGCGUUUUUGCCGACGCGUUUUUAAUCGCCAUUCUACAGAACGUGUAUCUUAAAGAUGCGCUAGGAUCUGGUAGCCAAAAGACUCUCGAAGAUGCCUCAGCGAACGCCCAGUCCCGCGGAGUCCGAGAUCUCGGUGGGCUCGCCCAGUCCGCCGCCGCCCAUGAUGAGAUCCUUGAGCAUGAAGCGCUUAAGGCUCCUAAGGAGUCCCGCGCCCAAGUCAUCGCCGGCUCGCAUCAAAAGCUUUUCCAUAGCAGAUAUCCUGGGACGAGGGAGGGAUGAAGAGCCAUCAGCAGAUACAGCUCCAAAUGUGACAGCUCAGCCGACGGGAGUGCCAGCUCCUGCUCCAGUUUCAGCUGCUCUACCCGCUGCUCCACCCGCUGCACUGCAUCCCUUCCUAUCGCCCGCCCUGCUGCACAGCUAUGAGCAGCGCUUGGCCUGGGACUACCAACGCCAGCUGCAGGAGCACUUCCAUGCGCAGGCCCAGGCGCAGUUGCUGCGCCAAAUGAGCCACCUGAAUCCCGCACUGAUCAUUGCCUCCGAGGAUGGCAGCUCCGAGAGAUCGCAGCGUUCCAGCAGUAGCAGCAGCAGCAACGGCAGCAUUGAUUGCUGCAGUCCCCCCAGUCAGGCGGAAAAGCUUCCGGCUCCAGCGGGAGAUGGCCAAGGAGGCUCCAAGAAGAAGUCGGAGGAGUCGUCUGCUGCAAAAGGUGGCGAGACCCCAGCUGGAGAUACCCCGCUUGAUGCUCUGUUCCAGUUGUCCACCAAGAACUUUGACGAGGAGCAGGAUCCCGCCACACUGAAUAUAUUCGCCACGCGAUCGAAUCCAAAGAAGAAACGCAAGUCCCGCACUGCAUUUACCAACCAGCAGAUCUUUGAGCUGGAGAAGCGCUUCCUAUACCAAAAAUAUCUCUCGCCAGCGGAUCGUGAUGAGAUUGCCGGAGGCCUGGGCCUUUCCAAUGCACAGGUUAUUACUUGGUUCCAAAACCGACGUGCCAAACUCAAGCGCGACAUGGAGGAACUGAAAAAGGACGUGCAAAGCGUGAAACUACCCGACCAGUCAGCAGAUCGCAAUCGCUUGCGCCACCCACAGACGCAUAGCGGUAUCGGAACGGAUAAGGAUCGCGACAAGGACAAGGACAAGGAGGAGCUGCGAAUGCUGAAGCUAAUGACUCUGAUGCGUUACUCCGAUGGCAAGCUGCUAUAUCCGCAGCCGCCAACUACAUCAGCACCAGAUUUGCCACUUCCACACAUGCAACGCAGUGAUUAGCUUAUUUUGUAAAUUAUCCAAUGGCUUAACUCUCAUCUAAUUGCCAAAAAAAAAAAAGAAAUAAUAAUAUUGCUAAGGAGAGAAACACUUUAUCUCUUUAUUUUCCUAAUUGAAGUAUUACAUUUUUUAUUUUAUGAUGCACAUUGACCCACAAAAUAAUAGUAAAUAAAUAAUAAACUCGAUGUACUUUAACUUGUAU